UCAGAAUACUCAGCGUGUGGUUUUCGCGUUUCAAUGUUAUGAUGCAAAAAGAUAGUGUUAAUUAUAACCUUGUGAUUUAUAAAAGAAUUAUUAUUUUUACAACGUCGUGGAUUCGAUGAUAAAACUAUUACUAUUUCACUAGAAAAUAUACGACAAACAAGGUACCUGCGUAAUAAUUAAAUAUUAUUAUAAAAAAUUAUAAACCUGGAAUAAAAGUGAUAUAAAUAUAUAUAGAUAUAUUUAUAUAUAUAUACAUAUACACAUAAUUGUAUACGCAUAUACAAAUUAUAAAAAAUAAAAAUCAUGGAACAUAAUAUAAAUAAUAGUGAAAUGUUAGAAAGAACUAGAGGUGCAGUUCGAAUGAGUACUAGAAUAAGAAGAAAAAGUCCAUCACGGUAUUCUCCUAGCAGAAAAUCAUCUACUAGUCGUUCUUCUAGAAGAUCACCUGCUAGAUCACCUGCUAGAUCACCAGCACGAUCACCUGCUAGAUCACCUGCUAGAUCACCUGCUAGAUCACCAGCACGAUCACCAGCACGAUCACCAGCUCGAUCACCUGCAAGAUCUCCAAAUGCUGAUAAAAGAAAACUUCCAUUUCGCAAUACAAAAUAUGCCAAAGUAUCUAUUCCCAGAAUAGAGUUUCCCACUGAAAAAAUUAAUAACAAGGAAAAAAUUACGGUAACAAGAAAUUCUACUUUUAACGAUAAUCAAACUGAUACAAUGCCACUUCAUUAUCGGUUAAAAGAACUUGAAGCUGUAUCUCGCAGAUCGAUACGUAUGUCUAGUACACCAAAAAUGGAAUCGCCACAUAAAUUCACAGCAUUUACUAGAAAUUUUGAUAGAGCUGUUUCUUUACCAGUGGAACGAAAAUCUCGAUUACAUGAUAUAAAUGAUGGGAAGGAGAGAGGUUUUUCUGUACAAAGAGAUCAGGAUUUGACUAAACCAGUAGAAGAAAACACACAAUCAGAAUUAAUAAUAUUAGAAAAACGUAGACAAAAUAUAAAUUUAGUUAAUGAACCUCAGGAAUGGGGAGGAUGGUUUGGGACUUACAUUCUUUUAUUUGUCUUACCUCUUACUGUAAUUGCACCACAAUUACUUUGUUCAAAAGCCAUGUGUAAAUUAGCGUAUCUAGAAAUACCAACUGAUAUACAAUUAUACAUCAAUGCUUAUUCAUUUUUUGGAUACAUGUCAUUUUUACUACUACUCACUAUCUUUUCUUUUAUUCCAAUUGGGAGGUGCAUCGACGGACAACAAAGUAAAAUCGGUAGAUUGCAAUACCGUAUGAAUGGAUUUUUAUGUGCCGCAUUAUCACUGGCCAUACUCAGUAUAUGUGUAUAUAAAAAAUUAAAACUUCAUGACUUUAUUUUAGAAAAUUCUUUACAAUUGAGUACUAGUGGAUGGAUUCUUGGAACAAUUAUAGCAAUAUUCUUAUAUAUUAAAGCAAAUAAAGCACCUGUUGCAUGUCUUAAUAUAUGUGCAUCAACUAAUAGUAUUAUAUAUAAUUUCUGGCAAGGCAGAGAAAUUAAUCCCAGACUUGGCUCUUUGGACAUAAAAAUAAUUUUAUUACGUGCUUCAGUGAUUGGAUUAAUUAUUGUAAACUUGUCUGUUAUAAUCAAAGCAUUGGAAAACAGUAGUAGUUUGGACGUGAAGGAUAUUAAUUUAGCAGAAUUAUUAGUAUCCUCUUUACAAAUAUUUUAUGGUAUGGAUAUGUUAAUGUACGAAUCAACUAUUUUAACAUCCUUUGAAUUUACGUACGAAGGUACUGGAUAUAUGCUGUGUGUCGGUCAUUUACUUUAUCCUUUUCUACCAACUAUUUUAUCUAGAUACAUGUUGUUUAGAAGAACACAAAUAAACUAUCUCUUUGUAAUACCUAUCCUAAGCUUUAUUAUCGGAUACAUUAUAUACAGAAUUAGUAAUUCUCAGAAGGAUGAAUUUAGAAAAAAUCCAUUAUCUCCUGCGUUAGAUCAUUUAGAAACGAUUUCGACGUCACGUGGAAAAAAAUUGAUAGUAUCUGGUCUUUGGGGAUAUAUAAGACAUCCCAAUUAUUUGGGUGAUAUCAUAAUGCAAUGGUCUAUAUCUUGUUUGAGUAUGACAAGUGAAAUCUUACCUUAUUAUGCUCCAUUGUGUUGCACUAUAGUGUUAAUGCAUCGUGCAAUAAGAGAUAAUAGACGUUGUAAAUUGCGUUAUGGUUAUGCCUGGGAACAAUAUUGCUCGAAAGUAAAAUAUAUGAUUAUAGAUCACGUAUUUUAAAUAUUUUUUUAUUGUAACAUAUGGAAACUAAUUUAUAAUACUAAAAUUUAUUAGAAUGUUUCACUUUGAGAUCUCAAGAGAGUUUGCAUGACAUCUGUAUACAAUGUUUGUUAUUGUAUAAAACAAAUCUUUAUAAUAAUCUCAUAUUUUAUAGUAUAUAUUUUAAACUUAAGAAGAAUUCAUGUUUAUAGAUAUAUAUAUAUAUAUAUACAUAUAAGUAGUUACAGAAAAACUGUAAUCGAAAAAUUUAGAAUCUCAAAAAUAUGAUGUCAUAUUUAAGUUUAUUGAUUAUAUUACAUUGAUAUAAGCUUGAAAAUUAUUAAUGCAACAUUAUUUCAAGCUUAUUAUGAACAAAAAAUGUUUAAGUAUAAGAAUAAAAUUUGUAGAAAUUAGUUUUAGAAGAUUGUUAAAUGUAGAUUUAUGUAAUGAUACAUAAUGUGUACAUUGUAACACAAUAAGGAAUUUUAUACUUUUUUAUAUUAAAGACGUGUAUAAUGAUCUGUAAUAAAUAAUUUUUAUAAAAA